AUGGAGAUGAUGAAGCUUGGACCGGUAGGAGAUCAUCGUAAUGGAAAGAACUGGGAAGAGGUGUGCAGUGACAGAAUCUCUCACAUUUUCGUCUCUUUUGACGAAAGAGCUUUAACAUCAAUCCAGUUCGGAUACGCCAAGACUGGAGCUCCAGUCUUGUCUAAGAAGCAUGGCUCAUCAUCCAACAGCCAUAGUACACGAAUUGUGAGGCUGAACCAUGUGUCUGAGUUUAUUACUGGGAUUAGUGGACAGUGUUUUUGUGGUGAUAUUAUAUCUCUCACGUUUCACACAAACCAAAAGGCCCAUGAAGCCUUUCGCUCGACUUCAAAUACUUCCAUGACAACGGGAAGAGAGUUUCAUUCGGGGAUGCUUGAUCGACGUGAGUUUGGUGGUUUCUUUGGAUCUUGUAGCUCUUCUCGCCUCAACUCGAUUGGUAUCUAUCUGAAGCCUAUCGUUGCUGCUGUGCCAUCAGGAUUCGCGCAGUACAGAGGUCUACCUUUUAAUUGGUCGUAA